UGCUGUUCCUGAUGCUGAUGGCUGCCUACUGGGUUCCAAGCAGGGCCCGUGUCAUCGACAAAAGAGCAGCCUUUUAUAUUGCGAAUGAAACAAUGUGCAUCGUAGACGGAGAGGUGUACAGAAGAGGAGAUCCAGUGCCAACCGUAGACCAUUGCGAACGCUGUACCUGCCGACCGCCCGGAUUUUCUUGUGUACUCAGGGAGUGCGAAACCAAACCGGACUGCAAGUCCGUCAGAAGAGAUGGUGAAUGCUGCCCGGAUUACGUUUGUGGCUGUUUGCACAACAACCGACUAUACAACGACGGCGAGAUCAUCGACGCCCUCCAGAAUGCGUGCUACACGUGCAGGUGCCACGGCAGCUCCAUCUCGUGCACGUUCGCCGACUGCCUCUUCCGUGGAGACUGCCCGCCAGAGUACGUGGACGGAGAGUGUUGCCCGCGCUACGAGCACUGCCCGCCCCUCAGCACAAGACCUCCAUCCACCAUAUUUACUACUCCUGCUCCAACACAGCCAACUAUCAUCCAGCAGGAAGAAGAAGAGUUCCUAAAUCACACUAUUCACCAUGUUGGCAAGUUUACCACUACUCCAUCGAGCAUUACCAUUCAAGACGUAGUCACAAAAUCCCCACUGACAACUACCACGUCUCCUCUCGAUACUACUACGCUGCAUUCAGUCACAUUCACUUUCAUUGAUGGCCAACCGUCCAGCUUAGACGACUUUGACAUUGCAACGCUCACCACGCUGCUCCCUGUAACAACCGUAUCGUAUACAGAGACGACCAAACACGUGUUUCCAGAUGGCACUACUUCAGUCACCACUCCAUCUUACGGUGACACAUCUACAAAAGGUGAUGAGCCUGUCCACGAAGAAGUAGAUUUGAACACGGUUGAAACAGGUUUAUCGCCGGCAGUCCUGGAAUCCAGCACACGCAGUCCUGAACUUCCACUAGAUUACGACGAACCAAAAAUUGUUUUUGAUGAACCACGCAGCACAGUUCCAACGACUGUCACAUCCGGAGUAACUGAACCCGCAUACAAUACUAUUACAUCAACGGUUGCUUCUCAUACAUUCGAUAAAGAUGAAAAUGAAACGGAAUCCACUAAUUCGACACAAGUCAAUUUGAAACAUACACCUACCGUAGUUCCUGCGACAGCCACACCAGAAGAACCGGUAUCAUUUCCUGAGACAACGGUGACAACAGACAAUGUGUACAAAGAUAUUACAUCCACGUCUUCUCCAAGUUUGUUGGACAUAGAUCAAAAUGCAACUGUUUCUCACAACGCAUCCCUGUUCGAUCUUAAAGAUGCUCCUUCAUCAGUUUCUACAACUGUCACCACCGAAAAACCGAUAUUACAUCUAGACAUAACGGAAACAGUCUACAAAAAUUUUUCCUCGACAGAUUCUCCCAAUUCAUUUGGCAUAGAUGAAAACGUAUCUGAGUCGACUGACGCACCGCUAUUCGAAUUUACUGAUACCACUUCACAUCCGCAGCAGACAGAUUUUGAUGUUGUAACAGAUAAAAAAUUUAAUACCUCUCUUUAUGAUACAGAUGUUUCUCUGUCAACAGUUACGCCUUCUAGAGUACCAACAAUUGUCACAGAAAAAUUCCCAACUUCUUUGGAUGGAGUUUCAGAGGAUUCAGCAACAUCUGAGGAAGACGAACCAACAUUUGCAGAAGACGACACAUUAGGAACAAACUCAAGCACUACCAAUUUUUCAGAAACGCCAGAUAAAAACACCAAUUUUGAUGUAGUAUCAACAGUUUUACCAGAAGAGACUGUUUCUGUUUUAGUAAGCACUAACAAGACAUCUGAACUUUCAGAGGAUACCACAACAGAAUCUUCUACAUUUAACAAAGAAACAAACCCUGAAUUUGUUUCAACAGACAUUACAAUACUAAGUACAGAAAAACCAGAUUUGACACCUGUUUCCGUAGAAAUUAAUUUUAUGGGAACAAAUAAUGACACAGACCUCGCUCAAGAGGAAACUCAAUUUAUUGAAAAUUUAACAACUACAAAAACCGAUUCUACGACAGCAGACGAAAAUAAAUCAGAGGAGAAACAUUUUGGAACACAGACCCCUACUUCAGUAAGCAUCGAUUUGUCUUCUGAAAAAGCAGCCUCAACAAGUCAAGAUAUGGAAAUUAAAUCAACAGACCUGACAACUGAAGCUCAUGAAAUUAAAAAUUUAUCUGCUUUAGAUGGAAAUAAAGAAAAUCAUGACAUCGCCAAUUUUACAGAAUCGAUAACUGGCACAUUUGAAGAGACGAUGCCGGAAGAGAAUGAAACUACUAAAACUGAAAUUAUCAACAGCGGAAACGUAUUUGACUUACCAAAUAAUUUCGUCAACGAUAGUUACUUUUCAGUUCCUGAAAGCGAUGAAGAUACUUUAAAAAACAACCAGUCUGCAAUUUCCACAAGUGAUGAAAUUACAACCGAAAAUGUUGUCCACUUUCUUCAAGGUAAUGAAACUAUAGCUGACGAAAUUUUGUUUCCUGAAACUUCUACAGAGAAACUAGGAACACCUGCGCCUGAAAUUGCAAAUGAGCAAGAUAUGGAACCAAUAUUUCCUGAAGAUAACAAGGAAAUUUCACUUCAUGAAAAUGCAACAGAUACGAUUUCCACAGUAACUGUUUUUCCACUAAUGCCAAACAGAACAAUUGAAGGUGAAACCUUUGUGGCAAAUAAUGACAGCCAAGAUGCCGAAAAUGACCUGACGGAUUAUUCAUAUGGGGCGACAAACGAUUCAUAUGAGAGUUAUACAGCUAAACAAGGGUCUACAUCUUUUCCAGUGAUUGAUCCAAGUUCCGCUUCUUCAGUUGGAUACGAUUCAAAUAUUACAAGUGAUGCUAGUGUACCCGAAGAAAAUAUUGAUAAAGUUUUUGCUUCAGAAGCUUCAGUAUCAACAUUGCCUGCUACACUAAAUCAACCAGUUAGCAGCACCCCUGAGGACCUUGUCACUGACAAUACUUCAACAGGUUUCGAACAGAACCCAGACGGCGGUGAUGAGCACAAUGAGACACCAAAAUUACCAAUCUUUGACACAGAUUCAUAUGAAGUCGAUUCAAACAAUAUAAAUAAUCAUCAUAGCGCUUGGAAGCCCUCUGAACAGGAAUCUAAUGUAAUGAAUAGCAGUUCAAAACUUCCUGAAAUCUUUCAUGAAGAUGUGUAUAAGGACCCAGAAUUAGAAGUUUCAAAUAAUGUGAACGCGACUGAAAUAAAUUUCGGUGAAACGAACAUUAAUUUUAACCAAACCGAAAUAAAUAGCACAAACUAUAAUACUACGGCAACUUCAAAUCAAUCACACUCAGUGAACCAUAACAUAGAAUCAUUGUUUAAUGAACAUAGUUUGGAAGAUAAUCCGAACACUAUCUUAAGUAAAACAACUGAAAGUGAAGCUGGAAAAGUUUCAGACACGUCUGCUUCUACGGAGAAAGAAGAUCAACUGGAUGUCUUAGAAGGAAGCACCAAUAGCCAAGAAAUCGGAGUAAAUAUUGUCAACGACAAAAUACAUAGGAUAACAGAUCAUUCAACGGAUAAAGAUGCAACUCACAGUCAUUCAACUUCGUCAGAUAGUCAUUAUAACCAUCCAUCUAGCACAGAAGUCAGUCUACAAACUACCAUGCAAACUAACAUCAUGGAAGAAGGAGAUGAACACUAUGAUUUACAAACGCAUGAAAAUAAGAUCUCCAUGUCAACCUCAGAUGAUGGAAUUGGAACAUUUUCCACAAAGAAUGAUGAAAAUAAAGCACAAUACGAAGACGAGGCCAAUAUGCAUGCCACAUAUUCGCCUUUUUCGAUCACAGAAGAUUAUUCGCCAACCUUCUCAUCUCUUGAUGAUUUAAAAAUUGCUGAAAGCUCUAAUGAUAUGAAAUUUGACAGUAUUCCACUGACUUCACAAAGCGAAGAUUACGAGUUAAAACCCACAAUUUCAAUUGCAACUAAUGAAUUAAUUAAUAGAAAUGACAAUAAUCAUACAACAGAAAACAGUAAUGAUAUAAAAGCAUCUACAGAAGUAUCGGAUGAAACGUCAGUUAAUUUUGAUGACGAUCAAAAACAAAUUCAAGCUAUAAAAAAUUCAGACCCGAUGAAAGUCGCAGAGGAACACUUUUCUAUUGUUAACUCUUCAACAGAUGCUGAUAUGGAUAUCCUUGAUUCUGAAGAAAUUCUUCCCGGUGAACUAGAAAACAAAACUGAAUCACAAGAUGAAUCUGACAGCGAAAACGUCACUUCACUUUAUGAAAAUAGUUACUUCACACCUGUGCCAGAGAACUAUUCUACUAGCUCAGAUAUAGAAGAAGUUCUCACAACAAUCAGUAAAAUAGAAGAUUCAGAAAGUAAAGUAUCAUUGGAAACAAAUAAAGGCACUACUGAUGUUGAUGAAGAAUAUUUCAAUUCUGAAAGCGAAAGUCAAGAAACUGAUGCAGUACACGAUACAACUCUUACAGACCAUCUUCCACAUUCAGAUGAGCUGCCUUCUUCUUCCCCUACGCCUUUUAUUUCAGAAAUCUCUGAAACAGGGACACAAGCAUCUGAUAAAGAUAGAGAGAGCUAUCCAACUUCACAGGACUCAUACGGGGCUCACAAAGCUUCCACUGAAGAAACUACAACAGAAAAACCCAGUUCCAGUACUGUGCACAUUGAAAUUCUUUUCGGAAAAGUUUCAAAUAAUAUCGUAGAUUUCGGUGAAUCUGCUUCUGCACAACAUUCUGAUUCUGGAUUAAAAACCGAGGACAUAAUAUCAAGCGUUUCUUCUGAGAUCGAACCUCCAACUAUUCAAAAUUACUUAUCAGGUGAGGAUACUAAGGAAAUACUUCGCAAUGAGACAACAUUAAAUUAUGAUACAGUAAGCACUGAAAAAGCAGUGAUGAUGCACACCAAACCUAAUUCUAUGUCUGUUGAUGUGUCUAGCCCUAAGAUUUCCUCAUCAGAAAGUGAAACAACAACACACAAUCCGGAUACAACAGAAGUCUUAAGUUCGGAAAUUGACGUUUCUCACGAACCCGAAGAUAUAUCUAUUAGCGAGACUACCGAAGACGAAAUUAAGUACUCACAUAUGCAGCAACCAAUGGGUUCGGAACUAGAAUCUGUUUCAGAUACUGAACUAAAAUAUCCAAUAACCAAUGAAACUUUAGUAAUUGAUUCUACAGAAGAAACCAACCCUAUUGAUUAUGAAAUCAUGUCAGCAGAGGAUGAUACUGAAGAACAACAAAAGACCCUGAACAUGACGCCUAAAAGUGUUCAGAGUCUUUCAUUGAAAAUUAAAGAUCCGGAUUCACUUUCAGAAGCCAUUAAACCUCUAAAUACUCCGAUUGCUAUAAAAAGCACUGAAGAAGUAAUGAGUGAAAAUCCCAGUAUCACUAACCUCUCUCAUAGCACAAGCACAUCAAAUCCUUUAGCUGAAAAUGAAGAAGCAGGCUUGAUUUCAGAAGAAGCAAUAAGGCAUGACAGUCAAUUGAACGUUACCAGCGAUACUGAAGAAGCUCAUUAUGAAACUGAGUCAACCGAAGAGGCCAAAGAAAGACCAACGAGUGCCUAUGGAACGGAUAGUUCAUUUUCUAUAUCCACUCAAUCACCCUUUUUGGAAAAUGAAAAACUAGAUGCACAUACAGUAAAAAAGAGUGAGCACUUGGGUACUGAGUCUGCUAUAAGUAGUAGUGAAGUCUCUAGUCAUAGAACUAGUAUUGCAAUCGAUGGCAUAAGCAAGUUGCCUACCAGCUCAACUGAAACUAAACUUACCACUACAAGCAGUGGAAAUAAUUUAUCAGAGAAUAAAGCACCUGCUGCAUUUGAGGAACAGCUGGGAUUUACAAACGCAGAAAAUAAGGAACAUUCAGCAAUUUCUCUUGAUCAAACGAGUAAUACCGAUAUGUUUCACACAGAAUCCACUAAAUCAUUUACUUCAGCUGAUAAAAAUACAGCAAGUGAGGAAGAAAACUUUUACUUUCAUGAUUCUGUAGGAGAUAAAAAAGACAUGACACAAUCCGAAUCUAUUAAGUUUCCAGUUUCUGAUAUUCUUGGACAUGAACAUUCAGUUAUGCAUGAAGUUCCUAGAACUGAUAUAUCUGCAGACAAAGCUGGGGAUUUGGAUGAUUCCAAUUUCUUUUCGAAAGACCAGAUCCCAACUGCAGAGAAUCAACAGAUUGCAGCUUCAGAAAACGUUCAAGAAAUUCAAGAAGAAACUCGAAAUCGACGUUCAACAACAGAAUCAACUGAGGAAGAAAACCUUGAGAAAUCUGAUACGUAUCUAUCAGAAAGUACGUACUUAGGUCACGGAAACUUGGGAGGAAUCUUUAUAACGGGAAGAAGUAAAUACAAUGCAUCAUCCCUGAAUAAGGAAACCGGCGACUCUGUAAAAGAGAAUACAGCUUCAGAAUAUUCGCAUGGCACCAACAUAACUGAAAUCGAAAAAACUAGUUUUCAUAUAAAUUCUGAUGCAGAAUUAAUGACUGAAAAUCCUUCUGAAACCGAUUCAUCAAGAACUGAAUCAUUCGUUGAACAUCAAACAAGUAGCGAGCCGCAACAAGUCACAACUAUAUCUGUACCUUCCACCACGAAAUCUGAUUCGCAGAUGGAUAAGGAAAAUUUCAAAAAUGACAAAAUCGACUUGCCAUCAGAAAACGAUAAAAAGGAAAACCUAACGCCAUCUAAUAAUUCAGAGCACGUUGAUGAGAAUGAAAAAGGUAAAGAAUUUGCAAAAGGUACCUCUGUAGACAGUGAAGAAGCGAAGGAAGGAAACAUGGAAUCCAAUUUAUCAGCAGAAGCACCAGACAAAAGCUACGACUAUAGUGAUGGGAGGGUAUUGAGUGACGGAUAUUUGGACAUCUCUAAUUUAGGGGAGGACUAUAGCGUGAGUGAAGACACAUUUCUUCCAAAGACGGAGACAACUGUUCACUCGGACAGAGACGAAUCGGAAACACCCACCCAAUCUGCAACCCCUCUGCCCGUGCUAGUUCAGAAUUUCAGAAAAAACUCUUCUUUAGAUGAAAGCAACGAACUGGAAAUAAAUUCUCCAGAAGCUGAAUCAAAAAGCCGAUUGGUCAAUGCGCCUGAUGCUACGUUGGCAAAUAACAAGGACAGGCCUUAUAUAUUACAUCCAUAUUCACUUAGUGAGAUUGUUUCUAACGUGUUUAAAGCUCCGGGGUAUGAUUCAGAAGUGGAUGCACACUUGUUGAAGGAGAAAAAUGGCCGCGUUCAUCGCGUGAAACGCACUGCUGAUCUACAGACGGCAAACAAAAACAACAACGAGCAAAUGAUAGAUACUCAGCCCGCCAUUUUAGUUGAAGGGUUUGGUGGUAAACCCAACAGCUAUUUUCCUGUCACGUCUUCUUUUAUUGUCGUCCAUGACGAAUCCGAAAACGAGGCUGACAACGAAAAACAUCAGAGCCCUGCAAUAGACAGCCGAUAUGCCGCUUUACAGCUGGGCGAUGGAUCUACAGUGACACUGAAGCGAGGAAUAUUUCCAUCGAAGUCCGAAACGACACCAUCUAACUGA